AUGCCUGGCUUCGACUUCUCCAACUACAACCGCAAUGCGGCCCUCCACGCCCGAGGUGUCCCCCUGCCCAAGGCGACUAGCACAGGUACCACUAUCGUGGGAUGCAUAUUCGACGGCGGAGUAGUGAUUGCGGCCGAUACAAGAGCGACGUCAGGUCCCAUCGUAGCGGACAAGAACUGUGAAAAGUUGCAUUACAUCGCCCCCCAGAUCUGGUGCGCGGGUGCCGGAACCGCUGCCGAUACCGAGUUCACCACCGCAAUCAUCUCCUCCAACCUCGAGCUCCACGCCCUCUCGACAGGCCGCAAGCCCCGCGUCGUCACCUGCAUGACCAUGCUCAAGCAGCACCUCUUCCAGUACCAGGGCCACAUCGGCGCCUACCUCGUCGUUGCCGGCGUCGACCCCACGGGAACCCACCUGUUCACCGUCCACGCCCACGGCUCCACCGACAAGCUCCCCUACGUCACCAUGGGCUCCGGCUCCCUCGCCGCCAUGUCCGUCUUUGAGACCCAGUGGAAGCCCCAGCUGAACGAGGAGGAGGCUGUUAAGCUCGCCAGCGAUGCCAUUCAGGCCGGUAUCUUCAACGAUCUGGGUUCCGGAAGCAACGUCGACGUCGCCGUCAUCACAAAGGACAAGACCACGCUCAAGCGCGGCUUCGUCAAGCCCAACGAGCGUACUGCCAAGCUCAAGAGCUACGCCUUCAAGCAGGGCACGACCGCCGUCCUCAACGAGAAGAUUAUCAAGAAGAACGAGAUUGGCCGUUACGUGAGCGUAACGGAGGUGCCGGCUGGCGAGGCGAUGGAGGUCGAUGCAUGA